AUUGUAAUAAUUAUAUUUAUAUAUUUAUUACUUAUACAUAUAACUAAGUGUGUGUAUGUGUGUAUUUGUGUUCCAAUCAUUGUUGCUAAUGAUGAUUAUCAGAAUUGUUGUUUUUGUUAUUGUUGCUUUCAAAUGAAAAGUUACGAGUGUUUUUCAUUCUAUUGUAUUCUUUAUCAGUGGUAACAUAUGGUUCACAAAUGUGUUCAGUUACGUGAAAAAUAUUGAGAAUUUUUUUUCAUAUUUUAUCAACAAUAACAAGUGUUGCAAAUAUUCCCGCAAAAAACGCAUCGAAUUUAUGACGUGUAAUAAGCGCAUAUGGAAGCGAUGGAUAUUGACAGUGCUGCAAUAACAAUACCCGUCAUUGACACCUCAUCAAUAGGAACAAACGCUGUCAGUGUUAAUCAAAGCAAUAAUAACGCAAACAGACUACACAACAGUGGCAGUAGUUCCAGCAGCAUUAGCAGUAAUAGUAGUGGCUAUGGCGGUAGCACUACCACAACACCUACCAAUAAUUAUGAAUCACAAUCGGCACCCACUACGCCGGUGGCUAUUGCUGAACCACUACCGAAUACAACAAUAGCAACAGUGACACCUUUCAUUAACGAAGCUGUACAAACAAAAGUUUUCAAUCAAUUACAAGAACAACAACAAACAUUACAACAACACAUGCCGCACUUACAGAAACAACAGCUUCAUCAUCAUCAUCAUUAUCAUCAUCAAUAUAAACAGCACCACUCGCCAGCUCCACAACCCACAAGACAACAAUACUACAAUGCGUACGAUUAUCAUCAACAACAAACACAUAAUCUAGCCCCAACACAAGCUGUGGGCGCAUCGCCUUCAUUUGCUGUUGGCAGCGGUGUAGAAUCUUAUGAUAAUAUGCUAUCCUACGCUGGAGCUGCUUCUUAUAAAAAGUCAUCUGAAAUAAAUUAUGAACGCGAAGCCAAUCUGAAAUCAACUCAAACCCUUUAUGAUAACAAAACAAUGGCAAAUGGGCAGCAGCAGCAGCAACAACAACAACAUCAACAGCAAUUUGUAGGGAUAUCAAAUAUUCAAGAAAAACAGGGACAUUUUUUAAACCAAAGAUCUAGUAACAUUUCUUUAAUAAGUAACACAAAUACGAAUAACUCUCAUAAACCUCAAGCGGCGGCGACGCCCUUUUAUGCUCAACCGUUUGCCCAACAAUACGGCUGCUCGUCAUAUUAUGAUAACUUUCAUACAAAAGUACCGAUGACGUUAUCGGAAUAUCAUGAAAACUACGAUCAAUCAUAUCAACAACAUAAGUUCUAUGCAGCUGCCAAGACACAAAUUAAAGAAGCCGCCGGACUGACUAAACCCUACGCGACCGGCUCUCACACAGCACAAUCAUUUUAUAAUAGCAAUACGACAAAUCACGCUUUAACCCCACCUGCCUAUGAUAAAUAUUUAUAUUCGCCGAACUCUUUAAGCGCGGGGGGAUAUAAUACCAAUCGUGUCGGCAACGAAACGCCGCCGGAAGCGAAAGCAUAUCGCAAAAAUUCUGGAAACUCAUCCGGCUGGCAGUGGCCGCUAGACAAUGUAAUUGCCAAUAGUCGCCCUUUGCCGCCAUCAUCUGCACUACAACAACCUCCAAUGCCAAAUGUUGGUCAUAUUCCCACAGCUACAGUAGCACCCACACACGCCGCCAGUUACUUGGCAUCAAAUCCUACUAGCCUACAGCGAGAAGCCACAUAUUAUUACAGAAAUACCACAGCUGCUUAUCAGUCCCCUUCAUUAGUACAUCCUAAUUACCAACCACAGCCGUAUAUGAGUCCACCAUCUGCUAAUCGCAACUUAUGGCAUACCUCUCAUGCCCUGCACAAUGAACGUUUAUCGCAUGCCGUGCCACAGAACGGAAGCGAUGCUACUGGCCCUUCUCACGUUACCAUGCACACAACGCCAUAUUUUCCCACCAACACAUCAAUAGUUUCAAAUAAUCGUCAAUCAUGUUGCUCUCAAGGGUUUUCGCCUCAAAACUGUUACUAUCCUUCACGAUUGACAGUGCCUCCUCCACCGCCUACAGCAUUACGAAGUGCAACUACAUACAUGCCAUCACAGCAAGCUUCCUCGCAACAUCUAACUUCUCUAGGUAGUAGUUGUAAAUACGGUAGCGUACAAGAUUUUACAGUGAGUAAUAAAGUAAAGAACCCAACUGAUCUCUUUAUAGGGCCGACAAACUAUGAGACACAACCUUCUCAUGGUUUACAUGCCCACAACUACAACUAUUCAUCUUCGGUCAACGGGAAUUUUUUUAGCCCAAGUAAUCAUCAUCAGUCAACCUUGACGACGGGUUUCAACGGCCCAGCAAUGACCCAAAAUCAAUCGGUCCACCCAAAUGAUCUCAAUUUUCCACCAAACAAUUUUAGCAACUACUUAUCAAACCCACUAAACCGUGACACUUCAUAUAUGAAUAAUCACAAUAUGGAAAUACCGCAACCUACAUUCGGAUCGACAUCAGCCAAAAGUGCCUUACUGGAUUAUCGAAAACAUUUACAAACACCGUCACAAUCACAACACCAACCUCAACCUUUAGUAACUGACGAUUAUUAUUUGAAUGCUUCAAGGGACCAUAAUCAAUCGGCAAAUUCUAGCAAAGCUUUAGGCAAUGGGGAGACAUCGUUAUUUCAAUUUGAUAUUGAGCAACAAGGAACGGUAAAUAUUACUUUUAAUCCUUCAAACGAAGUCGCCUCACCAUACGUAAGUGAGGAUAAAACGUCAUGUGACGACGUUAACAAAAACUUAAGUUUACGAGAUUUCAUAGCAAACUGGAAUGAUGACGAGGAAGACUGUGCAGCCAAUGAUCAAAUAAUGGCUAAUAAUUCAAAUCACUUCGUGACCAAACCCACAGAAUCGGCCGAUUCGCACAUAACGAUCCCGCAGGAAUUAGAAAAUUCAAAAAAACCGCCUCCAGGGAAAAGUGUUAAUGAAGAGAAAAAAUCGCCUGAUAACGGCCUACUGUUAGGAAAUAUAACCACCGACUUAGAUGCUACAAAUCAAUAUGUAAACUUGCCCGAUAUUAUAAUUGAUAUUGAAAAAUCAACAAAUACGAUAAAUAAUUUACACCCGGACAAUUCGAAGCUGCAAUUAAAUCUAGACAACUUCGAUGUAGAGCAAGAACUAGAUCAGCUACAGUUAAGAAAGUAUGGCAAUAGUACACAUGAUACAGAAAGUACUAUGGCCUUCAGCGAGAACUGUGACGUUGCACUAACAGAAAAAGCGACACAUUUAAAGGUUAACGAUAAUGAGCAACAUUUAAGCAAAGACCUUAGUGUGAACACUAGGGAAGUUACGCAUACCGUCCUCUCACCAGCAUUAACACGCCCUUUGUCGAACGAUAUCGAGCAUAGCGUUGAGCAACAAUUUUUAAAUGACAUUGAAUCCUACGACGGCAGUAAUAGUCAUCAUUCUAAUGAAUCGGCAUUUGAAAAGGAAUACGAAACUUUUAUUAAUCGAAUUAGUAGUGAGAUCAUUGCAAAAGAAUUUAAACGCCAAGAUGCCAGCGAUCAAGAAUUCGAACAAAAUGUUAAAGACUUUUCAAAAUUUCAUAAACGUAAACGCAAACUGAAACAAGUGGAAGACGAAGACAUGAAAGAGGAGCAAAUAUCAAAACAGCAAAAAAUACAUCCGCAGCCUGAAACAGAAAAUAAUUCAAAUUUUCCACAGGUAUACACGCGAAAAUCACGUUUUAGAAAAUCUCGCAAAAAUAUUUUAUACCGAAAACGCAAGCCUUCAUCAAUCUUCUACAGAUUAAUGCAUCCCUUGAAACGAUCCUUUCAUUUCCAUAACACAAAACCGUCAAUACGUCAUUAUUUGAACGAAUUAACAGAUAAAAACUUGCCCUUAACCAAAAAAAAAUCGCCAAAACCACUCUCACUUGGUGCAGUGAAAACGAGGAAUAAGCCAAAUAGCUUAAAAAUUUUAUGUAUAAUGGCUAUAAAUACAGAUAAAUUUCGGGCAACAUUGGUGAAAAGUGCAAACUCGAAGUUAAACGAGAUGACAGUCCCGCUUAGCGAAAAUGUUCAGAAUUCGUUUGACUCAGUCUAUCAGUCAGAAACAAUAAACUCGUACGCCGUCGAUGAAGAGCACAUUUGUACCGAUCCACAUUGCGAAACAUGUGAGGUUAUUAAAAGUUUAAUGGAACCACAAUCUUAUGAGUUUGAUGUUCAGACCAGUCAGAAUUUAUCUGACUCGGUUCAUAAUUGUGACAUUGAACCGAUCGAUCUAUCAUCAGAAUCUUGUUUUAGAGAAAGUUUGAAAACUAAUCCACAGAUCCCUAAUGGAAACGAAAAUUCCACCAAUCAAAAUUCUCAAAACUUUUCAGAAUCAAAUACUAUCGCGGAAUUAACUGAAGCAAAUAUUAGAUCAGAGGUACAUGAACCUAUCAUUGAAACCCAGAAUCUUGUGAAGAUAAAUAACGCAACGGGAAAUACAAGCAAUUUUCUGGGCUUGAACGAAGAUCAUGAUCAUGAAGUAGCUGAGGAUGAAAAACAGCCAGAACUUAGUUAUUUGCCAUAUAAAAUUGAACAAGGAAUAAAAGACGAAAAGAGUGAGGUUACGGAUGAACAUAGUGCUCUCCUCUCAGAAAUCGGGAUUUCCAAAGGUGAAGGAGUUACUGAAGAGCCGAUUUGUAAAAAAAAUCAGCAAACUAGAACAAAAUAUUAUCAGGCGACAAGCUUUCUCAAUUUGGAUAAAAAACUCCAAUCUUCUGACGGAAGCAAUAAAUCAUCUUUCGAAGAGUGCAAGACUUCAGCUGCUAACGCAGAGAAUAAUCAAACAAGUUUUGCAAACAACAAAGGAGAUGUUAUCUCCACCACGAAUUUAAAAUCUCCUUCACUUCAUGAACAGGGCAUUACUUCGCAAUCCUUCGAUGCUCCUAAUAAAAAACUGUACGAGCCAGAGCAUUCGCAAGAUUCUUAUCAAUUUGUGCGAGAAAAAGAUUCGAAGAAAACACAGCAAAAAUUAGAGGACAAUAUUGCAGCAAGCAAUUAUUGCAAGGAUGGAGAAAAUAGUAAAGAUAAAGAAUCCAAUGGAUCUCUUAACCAUAGAUCACCAUUACGAAUUUCAAACGUUUGUGUUUAUCAGGUAGAAAAGCAACAUUUUAAUUUACAUCUAGAGAGGAUUGAAGAGUCUGAAAAAAUGUCGUCUUUUAAUGAAUCUGAACAUAAUACUUCUAAAGUAGCGAACGAUUAUUGCGACUCACGACUGCGUAUUCCCGACCAUCGCAUGGAAAAUUAUGAAAAAAUUGUGGACAAUACAAAUGAAGAAAUGGAAUCCGAAAGUGAUAGUGAACAAACAAAUUCUGACACCGAAUCGGAAAGUAGUACUUCUCGAACGAGUGACAGUGAAAAUGAUUCAUCAUGCUCAUCAGUCUCCAGCAGCGACACUUGUCAACGUAUUCAUGACCAUCAAGUAGUACCUCGAGAUGAAUCAGUUAAAAAACAAUUUGCCAAUGGUGAAAAGGACCAAACACAAGUUGCUUUGAUUAAAAGUGGAAAGUAUUCAGACACCCACCCCGAAGUUGAAAUUCAUUCAGAAGCUGAUAUAAAGGCCGAAAAUAAUGACGAGCCUUCGAACAUUGUUACACCCAAAGAGUAUAACUUAUCCCAUCCAAUUGAAAAUGACGAUGAUUCAAUAGUAUCUGAUGCAAUUGAUGACAACGCCAAACUCCCCAUUAUAAUAGAUCAUCCUGGGUCCCUCGAAGACAUGGAGGAGAAAGACGAUAACGACGGAAUAAAUGUUACUGUAGGUGGGAGAGAGAACUUGUGUCAUUCCAAUGAAAGCAACUGCAACCACUCACCUUAUGCUGCAAUUCGUGCUGAGGACAGCAACCAAAAGUUAAUUAAUGAAAAUGAGAUAAACGAUUGCAAGGAAUCAGAUAAUGAAUUGAAUUUUGAAAGUAAUAAUGAACAGUUAAAUAUUAUUACAAUCAAAGAAGGUAACUUGCCGCAAUACGUUAAACGUGAAAGUGAUUUCUUAUCCCGUGUUCGCAGCGUAGACCUAAUUCAAGAUAAUAUUAUGAGUUAUUCAGAAUCAGAAGCAUUAAAAUUUCAAACGAUAAAAGAAGAUACAUUGCCUCAGCCAAUUAAAAACGAUGAUGAUCGUCUCUCCGCAUGUGACGCACUUUAUAACGAAGGUAAUAUUCUAAUUAAAGACAAGCUAAGUAAAGACUGGGAAAUUGAAAGCGAUGAUGACGAAUCGUAUGCAAAUAACAUGAGUCGCUCCAUGAAAAGUCCUGAUAAUGCUUCGCUACGUAAUUCAAUUCACAAUCAAGAUGUACUCGAAAAUAAAUCUCCUCGGCCUGUUGAUGAACCGAUGCAUAAUGAAAGUAUUUAUACCGAAUCAAAAUGGAAUGAAUGUCAAAAAAACAACUUGUGCCAAUCUGUUGUAAGCAAUGAUGAUUCAAAUCAAAAUCAGCAAUGCAAUGAACAACAAAAUACAACAACACACUUAAGAUCAGAGAAUGGCAUUGAAUAUGAAACGACAUCUUCAAGAGUUAGUAUAUCCCCCGCGCAUGUAUCAAAACAAAGUUACGCAACGUGUGAGCAGAAUAAACCUGAGAACGUGCUGGAGAAUACUGAGCGAGAAUCAAAUAAAACGAUGGGCGCAAAGACUAAUUCGCAGGCUAAUUACGAAAAGGUAAACAGUCAUAAUUGCGACAAAAUUAAUAUCGAUGCUUCAAGUGAUUUCAAUUUACUACAAUGUGGGAAAAAUUAUAAUGACUCAACCGCAUGUGUGUCGGUAUAUAAUGAAAAAACAUGCCAAAGCUUGACUAAAGAAUGUGACUUACUAACCAGCAAUGAUUCAAAUGAAGAAAGCGAAAGCGAAAGUAGCAGUGAGUAUUCCAGUAGCGACGAAGAGGAAGACGUAGAGACUGCAAAUAAAGAUCUGAACGAUCAUAAAACGUUCUCUCAUGAUUUGCCUGAAGACACUAACAGUAAAAGUAACAAUACGGAUUGUCAAAAUGUCAUAUUGAAAGGUGAUUGUGCACAGCAUUCUAUAGAAAAUGAAGAAGUCAAAUCCCCAAACAUUCUACUACAGACCAUUGAAAUCAAUGGAAAAUCAUUGCGUGAUAUUAAUGCCAAAGAAAUUGAAAAUGAGGGCCGUGGAAAGGCAUUAAAAUUUAACAAUUACGAUGAUGCCAGCUCCGAUGUGUCCUCUCAUGGCGACAGUAAAUCUUUUCCGUCGCCCAAAGAAAAUGAAACUCUCCAAGAACAAGUCGAAAACGUUACAAGUUUAGCUGAUAAAUGGGAAGAAAGUGAAAGUCGAGAAAAUAAACUAAAUGCUUCCGCAUUUAUUGAGAGUGAAAAAGACCGAGAGGAAGUUUGUGUGCAUUUUUCCGAAAAAUAUCAAAACAACACAAAGUUUGGAGAAUCAUUUAGAGAUACAACUGAAUAUGCAAAAGACCUGCAGGAGCAAUGUAACAUACAAUCGCAGGUCAGUUAUGCUGAAAUGCCCUCAAAAGAGAUGCCUGAAAUGGCAAAGGCAUCUGUUCUUUUUCGAGAUCAUAUACAAGAGGACCAUAACGAAAUAUUGUCUUAUUCAACUGAAACGGAAAAAAAUAUGACCUUAAAAAUAUUGAAUAACGAUCUCCUUGACGAAAUUAGUUUACCCCAAGUUAAGCCAAUUCUUAAGGCAGCAGACGAGUUAAGAAAUAUAGUCGGUUGCAAUGAAGUAAGCGAAAAUAUUUCGAAGGUUAGCAGAGAGCAAGAUCAUGCAAUGAAAAAUGAAGACGAGACAAGCGUUAUGGAAUUAACAGAUAUCAUAAACGCAAGGAAAGCAAAUUUGGUCGAGAUACGUAAAGAAUUGUUAUCUGAUGAUGGUAAUGAAGCGAUUGAACAAAAUCUGCGAACGAGAAACGAAUCUGACACUGGUCUGCAAUGCAAGGACAAGGAAACUAACGAAACCAUUUCAAAAUGGAAAAACAGUGAAAAAAAUGGAGGCACUCAACUACACACUUAUAUAAAGUCAGGUAAUGAGUUUUCUUUGUCACAAAACGCUGAUCGUUCGAGGUUCGCUUUGAGUGAAGAAAAAACAACAAAUCAUAAAAAUGAGAAUGAGAAUAAAAGUCAAGAUAAUGCUUCAACCGUAAUAAAUUUGGGUCAUUUGCUACAGGAUAACAAUCGUGGCCAAGAGGACAGUGGCAGUAAUGAAUCGAUGAUCGAAGAUUUUAGAGGCUUUAGCGAGGAGAAGUGUUUUGAAGAAGAGUCUCAAGACUUUAGGGGUUUCGAUGAUAAAACGUCUUCAAACAGUAUUCAUACAAUGAACUUAGAUGAAAACGCUGCAUUAUCAAAUAGCUCAGAGUCAACUGUGAGUUCUUCAAGAUCUUUUCAUAGUAUUUAUGCCACGAAAUUUUUGCAUAGCAAUUUUAAAACGUCAAUAUCAUCCGAAAUCAAUGAAUUGGAAGCCUUGGAAAAAGAACUCUCGCAUCGAGACUGGAAUUUACAAAAUGACGAAGAUCAAGAAAAGCAUAUGAAAAACGAAAUUAAUUCGCAGCUGAUUGUCAAUGACAAUGAUAUGGAAAAUAUCAAGAAGAUAUUACAAGGUGAUGAAAUCGCGCCAAACGAAAGUGAACAGACGAAUGCUGACACAGCAUUUGUAUCAAAAUUAAGUGACCUUUGUAGGGCUGCCUUAAAUAGUUCCUUGCAUUUACCGAAUGUAUGUACAACAAUUGAAUCAAAUCCUAUUGACGAUGAGAAUGAGGUGGAAAAUGAUUCUAAGGAAAUGCUUCUGAAUCGUGAGCUAACGGUUGAAGAGGCUUUAGCUGAUAUGUAUCGUCAAGCUGGGAUUUUAUCAGAUUCCGAAGAUAGUGCUAAUGAACAGGAACUUGGCGAUGAGAGUAGAGAUUUAGAUGAUAAAACCACUGAAACUCAGGAUGUUAUUCUUAUAAAUUUACAAGAAAUUUUAAAUAGCGAUAAUGAUAUAUAUGUGCUGCAAUGCGAUUUAAAUGAAAAUAUAUUAAAUAUAAUGGAAACAUCAAACACGUCUUCACCAAUUCAAGAACACCAGCAAACGGAACAUAUCGAUGAAAAUAAUGCGGAAAGAGUAGACACUUUGUUAGCAGCAACUCAAAAUGAAUCGGAAAUUCAUAUUAUCAGUUCAGAUUCUGAAUGCGAAGAGGUUAUAUUAUUAAGUGAUGAGGGUGAAACGGAAACUAUACCAUUUAUCACUGAUCAUAACCUUUUAGAUGAAAAUGUAUCGUUAAUACAUCAUGAAGAGAUUGUACCUGAUAAUUAUAAAGAAUUUUUGCGAGAAGAAUUUUUCAAAUAUUUACACGAGAAAUAUGUACAAAAGAAUAUAUCAAAAUAUUAUCAUGCUAAUCGAAUUUUAAGAAAAUAUAAAAAACGCUACAGCAAA